AUGAUCGAGAUGCUUUCGAGACGUGCAGAAGCAGAAGCGAGGUUCUACAAGAGAAGUUCGGCCAAGAACAUAGCUAAUGAGUACAAGAAAGCUCUUUCCAACUUUACACAUAUGAAUGAGAGUGAAAUCAGGAACAACACCGACCUCACCUGCUUGGAUCAAAGGUUUUGGGUAGCAUGUGAUGCAAAUUUCAAGGCAUUGAAAGAGAUUGCCUUAAAAUUCAUGUCUAUUGCUGCAACCGAAGCUGAUGUGGAAAGAAUGAUUUCAAUUGUGCGGAACCUGCGUAAUAGGUUUAAUCAAAACGCACGUGAAGAUCUAAUAAAGUGUAGAAUCCUAUUGAAGCUUUUCAUGACAAAUGAAAUCCUGAAAAAGGUAUUUCCAGAUCUGACUGAUCUUUAA